AUGCCUCAGAAAGCCUGGUGGAAAGAGGCUGCCGUGUACCAGAUCUACCCCGCCUCCGUCUGCGACCUCAAUGGAGACGGUAUCGGCGAUAUUCCAGGUAUCCUCUCGAAGCUCGACUAUCUCGAGUCACUGGGGGUCGAUGUCGUGUGGCUGUGCCCAGUGUACGAGUCUCCGCAGGUGGACAUGGGAUAUGACAUCUCCGACUACCGCGCCAUCCAUGCCCCGUACGGCACUGUCCAGGACGUCGAUCAGCUCAUCGCGGCGCUGCACAAGCGGGGAAUGAAGCUGGUCAUGGACCUGGUCGUGAACCAUACCUCGGACCAGCACGCCUGGUUCAAGGAGUCUCGGUCAUCGCUCGAUAACCCCAAGCGGGACUGGUACAUCUGGAGGAAACCCCGAUGGGAUGCAGAGGGCAACCGGCAGCCGCCUAACAACUGGGCUUCCGUCUUUGGAGGCAGCGCUUGGUCAUUUGACGAGGAGACGGGCGAGUACUAUCUGCAUCUGUUCUGCAAGGAACAGCCGGACCUCAACUGGGAAAACCCUGAUGUCGCACAAGCGGUUCACGACGUUAUGACCUUUUGGCUCGACAAGGGUGUCGACGGGUUCCGAAUGGACGUUAUCAAUUUCAUCAGCAAGACACCCGGCCUACCGGACGCGCCCGUGACGAUUCCAGACCAGCAGUUCCAGCCCGCCGAACUGCACUACGCAGAUGGUCCGCGGCUGCACGAAUUCCUGCGAGGACUGAGGGGGAUCCUGGACAAGUACAACGCCUUCGCCGUUGGGGAGAUGCCCGGCGUCAAGGAGGAGGCUGAAGUCUUGAAGUCGGUGGCGGAAGAUCGGAAGGAGUUGAACAUGAUAUUCCAGUUCGACAUAAUCUGCCUCGAUAAUGGACGGAACAACAAAUUCUUCCCCAAGGAGUGGUCGCUCCCCAAGCUCAAGGCCAUCGUCCACAAGUGGCAGACCUGCAUGUUCGACAACAGUGGCUGGAACGCGCUAUUCCUGGAGAACCACGACCAGAGUCGGUCAGUUUCACGGUUUACACCCCACCGCCCUGAGAACCGAAACGCAGCCGCCAAGAUGCUGGCCACGUUCAUGGGCAUGCAGGCGGGGACCUUGUUCGUGUACCAGGGCCAGGAGCUGGGCAUGGCCAACUUGCCCAAGGACUGGGGGAUCGACGAGUACAAGGACGUUGAGACCCAGAAUCUGUACCGGCUCGCGCUAGAACAACACCGCGGGGACCCAGACGGUGCGGAGAAGGUCAUGGACCAGGUGCGACUCAAGGCUCGAGAUCACGGCCGGUCACCCAUGCAAUGGAACACACAAAAACACGGCGGCUUCACAACCGGCACGCCGUGGAUGCGCGUCAACGAGGACUACCUGCACUGCAACGCCGAGCAGCAGCAGCGGGAUCCGUCGAGCGUCUUCGCCUACUGGCAGCGGCUCCUGCGGCUGCGCAAGCAGCACGCCGACACCUUCGUCUACGGCAGCUUCGAGCUGCUCGCGGCCGACGACCCCGCCGUGGUGUGCUACCGCCGCGUCCACGCGUCGGCGGGCGCCGCCACGGUGGUGCUGAAUUUCACUGACGGCGAGUAUGCGUGGGAGGCGCCGCCGGGUGUUGUGAAGGCGUGGGAGGGGGCACGUCGCAUCCUGGCGAACUAUGCUGAGCCAGGAGAGAUCCGAAAGCAUAGUGCCGCUGUUGUGUGUCUCCGGCCGUUUGAGGCCGUGGUGCUCCUGGAAGAGCGGAAGAUGUGUUGA